AUCAAAAAGAUAAACUUUGGAGCAAGAAAGACAACACAGCACCAUUUACGCACACACAGAGAGAGAGAAAGAAAAGAGAAAGAGGGUUCACGAGCGUAUCACCGACCUUCUGAACCUGCAACUUCAACUUCAACUUCUAACUUCAACAACCACUGCAAGUUCUGAAAAAAAAAAAUUAAAAAAAAAAAUCCCCCAAGUGCUAAUUUGAUUGGGUGGGUGAAACCUUCACGGGGUUCAAGUCUCUUUCUUCACCCACCAACACCACCAAUCAUCUGAACCCAGUGGUUCACGCCGACCCACGUUCUCUUUUUGAAAGAUCUGAUCUGGGUUUUGAAUGUUUCAAUGUGAAGAGUUGAGCUUUUCUGUUGCAUAAUAAAAAAAGGUGAGAUUUUGAAGUGUGGAAAUGGAUCGUUCUGCGAUCACUGCUGGGCCAGGAAUGGAUAUGCCGAUCAUGCAUGACAGUGACAGGUAUGAGCUCGUUCGUGAUAUUGGGUCUGGGAAUUUUGGGGUUGCCAGGCUCAUGAGGGACAAGCACACUGAGGAGCUUGUUGCUGUUAAGUAUAUUGAGAGAGGUGAUAAGAUAGAUGAAAAUGUACGAAGGGAAAUUAUAAAUCAUAAAUCACUGAGGCACCCCAAUAUUGUGAGGUUCAAGGAGGUUAUAUUGACCCCUACCCAUUUGGCUAUUGUCAUGGAAUAUGCUUCCGGAGGAGAGCUAUUUGAGCGAAUAUGCAAUGCAGGACGGUUUAGCGAGGAUGAGGCACGCUUCUUCUUUCAACAACUUAUAUCAGGGGUUAGCUACUGUCAUGCCAUGCAAGUAUGCCAUCGUGACUUGAAGUUGGAGAACACAUUGCUGGAUGGUAGUCCAGCUCCUCGUUUAAAGAUUUGUGAUUUUGGGUAUUCGAAGAUCUUGACUCGAAUCUUGACUGUCUUACUUUUGCAGUCCUCAGUGCUACAUUCGCAACCAAAAUCUACAGUCGGUACCCCUGCAUACAUUGCUCCUGAAGUUUUGCUUAAGAAGGAAUAUGAUGGGAAGAUUGCAGAUGUGUGGUCUUGUGGGGUGACCUUGUAUGUCAUGUUGGUGGGUGCAUAUCCUUUCGAGGAUCCCGAGGAACCUAAAAAUUUCCGGAAGACAAUUCAUAGGAUUUUGAAAGUCCAGUACUCAAUUCCUGAUUAUGUUCAUAUAUCUCCCGAAUGCCGUCAUCUGAUCUCAAGGAUCUUUGUUGCAGACCCUGCACAGAGAAUAACUAUCCCUGAGAUUAGAAACCACGAGUGGUUUUUGAAGAAUCUUCCAGCUGAUCUCAUGGUUGAGAAUACAAUGAACAACCAGUUUGAGGAGCCUGAUCAACCAAUGCAGAGCAGUGAAGAAAUCAUGCAGAUAAUAAGUGAGGCUACAAUUCCUGCAGCUGGAACUCAAUCUCUCAAUCAGUAUCUUACUGGUAGUUUGGAUAUUGAUGAUGACAUGGAUGAGGACCUAGAGUCAGAUCCUGAACUUGAUAUUGAUAGCAGUGGAGAAAUAGUUUAUGCAAUGUAAGAUGCUGGAAGACAAUGGAAACUGGCUUCUUGGAUCAAUUUAGAUAUUAUAAUAGCCUAGGUUGUUCAGUAGGUUUGGAAUAUGUGGAAGAAAAAACAUUUCACAUCUACCAAGAAAGGAUUCUGUGAUAAAAAAAAAAAAAAUUCUUAAUAUUGUGAGAGGAUCCAUUGUGCUUGUAUUUUAUGGUCUUUCCUGAUUACAUUAUGCUUUGUAAUGAUAGUUGUGUUGUUGUUAUAUUAUGAAUUGGUUGUCUUUCCCUUUCCACCCUUC